UUGUAGGUUCUUGGGACCCUGGAGCUCUCGGACCUGAUGCGGGCGCCCGGUCGUGGACUGUUGCAUCCUGCUCCUCUACUGCUCAGGGUGCUCCCGCGCCCAGACUGGUAUCCGGGGACUGACUUGCAGGGUCCGCCAUGGAGCCAGAGCAGAUGCUGGAGGGACAGACGCAGGUUGCAGAAAAUCCUCACUCUGAGUACGGCCUCACAGAUAACGUCGAGAGAAUAGUAGAAAAUGAGAAGAUUAAUGCAGAAAAGUCAUCAAAACAGAAAGUGGAUCUCCAGUCUUUGCCAACUCGUGCCUACCUGGAUCAGACAGUUGUGCCUAUCUUAUUACAAGGACUUGCUGUGCUUGCAAAGGAAAGACCACCAAAUCCCAUUGAAUUUCUAGCGUCAUAUCUUUUAAAAAACAAGGCACAGUUUGAAGAUCGAAACUGACUUAUUGGGAAGAACAGAAAAAUAUGGUUUCUACUGUAGAUUUACAUGAUUAAGAGGCAGCUUUAAUUGCUAUGAUUUUCCCCCGUCCCUUUUUGGAAGUAUAAGAACCUUCAGGACAGCAAGUCAUUACUGGAGUUGCAGAAGAAAACAUAUUUCCUUUAUUUUGAUUUAAUCACCAUACUUAUUUAAUGAGUAUUUUGUGCAAUUUUUUCUCAGACUGUCUUUAACUUUGUUUUUAAAAUGAACUUCAAAAUAAACUGUAAAAACGUCAUUAUUUUAAAGUA